CAGAAAUCGUCCUGCACCGGGGUGCUAAGCUUAGACAGGUGAAAUUCUUCUAGCACCGUGCAAAAGCUGGGGCAGAGGGCAAGAACAAUUGUUAUUUCGUCAUAUAGACCCAUCGACGUCGUAAGCGGAGAACGUGCCUGCACUGCUGUAUUUUAUUAUUAACAAAUCCGGUCAAGAUGGGAAUAGCUGCAGAUGACAGUCUAUACAACGUGAGAAAGACGAAGGCGCUGCCAAAACAUUCGUUAUUUGGGACGUCAUUCGAGAUGUUCACGGAAGAAGAAAAACAACGCAUUAACAGCAUAGACCUCAACACCAAUGCAUGUGUGAAUCAGAAAAUACCAAUUGCCGAUCACCUCCUGCAAAAUAUCAAAGGUCGUGAAGAGGCUGCUGAAAAACGCCGCGAGUUUGAGAAACGGAAAAAGAUCACGGAACAGACAAGACAGAACAUGAAGACUUUCGAACAGGACGCCAUUCUAGUCUGCACUGGCUCACAGUCAAAAGACAUGAGUCACGUUAUCAAGGCUGCUACGAGGAGAGAGGAGCCCGCGAGAUGUGGUACGUGGUUCACUGGGAAAGACAUCGAACAUUCCCGAGAAAUUAAUUUCAGUACAAUGCCGGACAACUACAGAAGCUACAACCGCGAUAAGUUUUCCAGACUCCCACCAAUUUACAAAAAUCCCGCCGUCGAUGUCUUUUCGCGGCCGAGGAGACAAUCGGUCGUUUCCGCGGAACCUCGGGGUCCGUACCAGCAAGGAAGGCCGGAUCUCUCCGGGGACGUCCGGAGAAUGGCGUCACCGUGUGUCCACGAGCCAGCAGCAGACGAGCCAGCAGCAGACGAUCCGUCCGUGAGCAACUACAUAUGUGUUCCCCAGAAUAUACGUCACAGGUUUGGCAGCAAGGUGUGCGAUUCCCUGCUGUCUGACGAAAAGAAAGUUCAAGACACGCUGGCAAGGCUGCACACAGCGCCGUGCUACCUUCCACAAAAAGGUAGCCCCAGGGUUCACUCGGCCAGUCAGCAGUCACAGAGGAGUAGUCAACGAACACCGACACACAGUCAGCACAUUGAGAGGACCAGUCCACACGCUCAGAGGACCAUUCGGCAAACGAAGAGCGACGUCCAGCUGCAAACAAAGAGCGACCAUCAGCAAGCUCAGAGGACAAGCCAGACGGCCCGGAGAGAUGACGAGCGGACGCCGAGAUUCAGUCAGCAAACGAAGAGGGAAAAUCAGCAGCAGACGCCAGUCCGAAUCAGUGACUACGACGCGUUAAGCAUCAUAACGCGUCAGAACGUCAUUCCGGGACUCUCGAUAAGAAACCCGCAGAGUACCAGCAAAUCGACGUACAACGAAGCAGUGCUCCUCCGCCGGGUUCCCGAAACGGACGAGUUCAAAUACAAGAAACAUAGUCUUAGCAUGUGGACAGAACAGCAAAUCUUUCGUGUUCGCUUGGACAAACAGUGGGCAAGUUAUUUUGAAAGUCUUCCUAAGGUUCAUGUCACGUGGGACAGAGAUGCCAAGCGAACUGUGCCUAAAACUGAGCCUGUUGUAAAACCCAAAGUCAAACCCAAAGCAAAACCGAAAACGCAAGCAAAAUCGGAAAAGCCUCCCGAACCGGAAGAGGAAUUUGCGUUUGUAACACCGCCACUGACUCCACCUCCUGAACCCAGUUUGGCGCCAAUGCCCAAAAAGGUGGAAAAUGAUGACGAAUUUUGGAAAUUUUAUGACCAGGGACUGCCAAAGUGAUCAACUGCUUGCACUAUACUGAUUAGAUUAAUAACAUUUAAUGUCAAAGUAAUAAUCGUACUAAUUAAAGAUACUAAUAGCUUCCUAUUUAUCAAACAUUUUUGACCUACCUGUGACACCAAUGUACACAAACCUAAGGCCUGCGUUCAACGAAAACGACCAUCGCUAACAAGAAGUGAUUUGGUUGGUUUCUGAAGCGCAAACAACCAGUCUGCGAGCAUUUACGUGCUCUAUCUGGCUGAACUCGGCCCUUAGGCUUGGUCAGGAUCACGAGUGAUAGUGGUCGUUCGCUAGACUGGUUUAUGCGUCCAAUGUUAGAUGAUUGUGAUAUGAUAGUUCUAAGACGAAGGUACAAGUCAAAUGAUUUAGUACAGUUAUUAUAUAAAACCGACAUAAAUUAUUAACAAUUUCUGGCUUGCUUACUCGUACUACAUUUACAUUGAUUUUCUCCCCGAUUGUUCAGUUAACUAACAUGUGCCAUUUCUGGAUUACAAUCAGUAAACAGAUAUAUUUUUGCAAUGUGUUGUAUUUUUUGUGUGGUAACUAUUAUUUCUGAUAAUUAUUAUUUACUUACUUGGUGCUGUGUAAUGCAUUCAUUUUGAUUCAUUUCCAUUCAUGUUUAUCUUCAUUUCCCGUCGUAGGCCUGUCUUGUUAUUUUCGUUGUUCCUAAGUUUAUUUAACUUCAAAAAAAAAAAAAUUGCUGUUGUAAUAUGUUACUUAUAAUAUGGUGUACAGUUAUUUAAAAUAUUAUAUUCUUUUAACAAACAUUGUUUAGAUUUAGACUUUAGGCUAAUGAAGUGUAAUCCAUACAAAUAACAUUUAUUUAUUUAUUUAUUUAUUUAUUUAUGCAUGCAUUUCUUUCUUUUUAUUUCUUUCUUUCUUUCUUUCUAUUUAAUAAAUAACUUUUUUUUAGCCUCGAUGACUGGGAAAGAGAGAGGCGUCAUAAAUAUAAAUAGUUUUGGAGUUGCAAAUAUAUUUACCCGUCUCAAGUAUCCCACUUGAUAUCUAAUUCCUGACACGGAGAUAUAAAAUUACAGACAGACAGACAGAUAAUUUAUUAACGCCUCACUUUUAGUACAUCACACAUUUACAAAAAAACCCAAACAAUAACAUAAAAGUAGAUAAGCUAUACCGUAUGGAAUUAUGAGAGACAGUAUAGUUAAAUAAUACAAGUAUUUACAAUUAAAAUAAUAAUAAUAAUAAUAAUAAUAAUAUAAUAAUAAUAAUAAUAAUAAUAAUAAUAUUAAUAAUAAUAUAAUAAUAAUAUUAAUAAUAAUAUAAUAAUAAUAACAACAACAACACUAUUGUGUACACAUGUAUAUAUACAAUCUUAUAUUAUAUAUAUAAUACGUCUUGCAGCAAUUACGGGUUAUGUAGUUGUUUAAAGUAGUAUUGCAAUUCAUGUAACUGAGUGUUAGUAUUGCCUGUUUUUUGUUUUGUGUUUUGUUGUUUUUAUGUGUACAAAUAUUUUUCUACUUUUUAAAUAGUCAGGCCGUUAAGUGGCGAACAACUAUGUGAAUUAUGAGUGCACUGUUUUUAUUGUUUACUGUUUAUCGUAAUGCAGUGUAUAUUAACAUGUAAACUAGCUGGUCUGUUGCUGUUUUUAUUAGUGUGGGUUUUUUUCACCCCACUAGUUUUAUUAAUAUUAUAACAUGUUUCAGUAUGAAAUGCUCAGCUUUAAAAUUGUUGAAAAUGAUGCGUUCAGUAGAACAAGUGGUGUAAAACCACAAGUGUACCUAAGAAAUAUCAACGAAGUCAGUGUGAAGUAAAAUGCAUUUUAUAUAA